AUCAAUAGGGUGACACAGUGGCUCAGUGGGUAGCACUGUGGCCUCACAGCAAGAUUUGAAUUGAAUUGAAUAAAACAAGUUGGCCGUAUAGUGUGUGUGAAUGAGUGUCUAUGGAUGUUUCCCAGUUUUGGGUUGCCGCUGGAAGGGCAUUCGCUGUGUAAAACAUGCAGCGUUCCGCUGAGGCGACCCCUGAUGAAUAAAGGGACUGAAGAAAAUGACAUGACAAAAUGUCAAUAAGUAGUGACGUUCUUGACAUCUGUUUGACUGGUCAUUUGUAUCUCAAUGUUGUCGAGCUUGGUGUUUUGUGGAAAUAAAUUGUAGGUAGCUUACAUUUCUGUCCUUUAGGAGCAUCGUUUUCUAACCUAGCGUUCAUUUAAAAAAAAUAUCCAACUCAGAAAUGCGAACUAUAUUCUGUUCUCCAUUGGCUGUUGCUUUUAAAAGUAAAACUAACGUUUUGUGCUUGCUUCCGCUAUUUAGCUUCUUUUCAAUUUCUCGUGCAGAUUUAUAUCGUCGAGUGGUUUUGUCAGUCGGACUAAAUGCGCAGAUCUCUGAAAAUGAAACAUGUCAACAGGAUACAAAACCUCCAUCCAAACGAAGUGUCAACUUGCAAGAUGCUGUUUUUACUCAUUUUAGCACUGAGUGUUUCAUCUGGGGUGUGUGAUGAGCUGUAUAAAGAAGCCGGUAAAGAGGUUUCUUUGCAGUGUGGAGCACCUCAAAACAGUGAUAUAGAGUGGAGGUUAAACAGCAUUCUCUUAAUCGGCAUUCUAGGCAAAACUGGAUUAAGCCGCAAGGGUUCUGGACACACUGCGGACAAAGUAAAUUUAUAUGGAGACACUCUGAAGGUUCCCAGUUUGGAGCCAAGAGACUCUGGAGUUUAUUCCUGCACACAGUCAGGGAAACAAUACAUGCUGCAUGUUGUGUCAGUGUUUGUUAAACCAGGCCCAGUGCUGAUUCAGUCUAGUGAUGUGGAGCUGCACUGCAACAUUGAAGGAGACCCAAACACUGAAGUAGAGUGGCUGAGACCCCCUAAUGAUCAAAGAUAUGAUGCAAAAAAUCAAAAGAUUAACCUGAAAUCUGUGACCUCAAGUGACGAAGGCAAGUGGACUUGUAAGGUCAAAGACCUUAAACUCAGUGUUACGCUGACUGUUGUUGAUUUGUUUGGGUCUCCAGCAAACCACCAGAUCAAUAAUGUUUCUGCUACUGAAGGGGACAACAUAGAGCUGCCCUGUUUUCUUCCUCAUCCUGUAUCUCAGCUUGUUUUGGGGGGGAAAUGGAAAGCUGACCACCUUCCCACAGUCUCUUUCCCAACCCUGAAGAACACAGCAGGCAAAGGCUUACACUGCGAUGGUGUAAAUUCAUCAGAAGUCAAAUACAAUAUUGAAACGCUCGGCAGCAACUUCAAUGUCACUCUGAUAAAGGUGCAGAGCAGCUUUGCAGGGAAGUUUGUGUGUGAAGUGGAGUUUGAGCAUGGAGGAAAAUUAACUGCUGUCACCAAUUUGGUGGUUUUGGCUAAAAUACCAGAUAAAACAGAACCACACGCACCGUGCGUUUCAUCUGGGGAGUGUGAGGUGUUGUUAUAUCAAGAAGUUGGGAAGGAGGUUUCUUUGGACUGCGGAGCACCUCCAAAUAGUGAUAUAGAGUGGAGGUUGAACAACAAUCUCAUAAUCAGCAAUAAUGGAAAAAGUGGAACAAGAUGCAAAGGUUCUGGACCCACUGCGGAGAAAGCAAACAUAUAUGGAGACACUCUGAAGGUUCCCAGACUGGAGCCAAGAGACUCUGGAGUUUAUUCCUGCAUACAGUCAGGAAAACAAUACAUGCUGCAUGUUGUGUCAGUGUUUGUUAAACCAGGCCCAGUGCUGGUUCAGUCUAGUGAUGCGGAGCUGUACUGCAACAUUGAUGGAAAGCCAAACACUGAAGUAGAGUGGCUGAGACCCCCUAAUGAUCAAAGAUAUGAUGCAAAACAUCAAGUCAUUCAUUUGAAGUCUGUGACUUCGAAUGACGGAGGCAAGUGGACAUGUGUGGUCAAUGACUUUAAGUUCAAUGUUACGCUGACGGUUGUUGGUGGGGGUCCCCAUAGUUUUGAUCCUAAUUUAAUUCUGUAUAAAAUAGUUUUCAUAACUAUAAUAUUUCAGAUUUCAUACUGACAAGACAAAUCUGACAAUUUUAAGGAUUUAUGUAUUGCAGAUUUUUUUCAGAAAUGUUUAAUAGCAUGCAAACAUCUUUGCAAACAAACAAAUGUAUAAUGAAAAUUUCAGUUGACAAGAAAAAUUAAUGCAGAAGUUAUAUUUUGUGAUUUCGCGUGAACUUCUUUAUUUGUGGGAGGAAUGAAUCAUUUUGCUCUUUUUGCUUUUAAAUAAAAUAAAAACAUUUCCAAUGAAAUAUAA